AUUGUAUUGUGUGUGUGUCGGUAACUGAAGAGGUGGAUCUGGCGCACCGGGAGGCAGUUCCACUUUCCGUGAGAGCAAUUGGCUGCGCGUGAACUUUGCGACUCUUGUUUGUCCGCGCGCACUGGUCACGCACGCUGCGCGUUCUCAGGAUGAUUAGCGACAUCAUACACACUUUAGCCAAGGCAGAACUCUGUGUGUAGCGGACAUAACCUAUCACGUGCAGAGAGAGAGAAGCUGACGGUAACCGGAGAGAUGGCGGAGAAACGGAUGUCGCGUUGGUAUUUCGGUGGAAUCGCGUCGUGCGGAGCCGCCUGCUGCACGCACCCGCUGGACCUGAUCAAGGUGCACCUGCAGACGCAGCAGGAGGUGAAGAUGAGGAUGAUGGGGAUGGCGAUACACGUGGUGAAGAACGACGGCUUUCUGGCACUUUACAGCGGACUCAGCGCUUCACUAUGCAGACAGAUGUCGUAUUCUCUGACGCGGUUUGCGAUCUACGAGACGGUCAGAGAUAUGCUGGGCAGCGGCAGUCAGGGCCCCAUGCCUUUCUAUCAGAAGGUGCUGCUGGGAGCAUUCGGAGGUUUCACAGGCGGUUUCAUUGGGACUCCUGCAGAUAUGGUCAAUGUUCGGAUGCAGAAUGAUGUGAAGCUUCCUCUAGAGCAGAGGAGAAACUAUAAACAUGCGCUGGACGGCCUCUUCAGGGUCUGGAGGGAAGAGGGAACCAGGCGGCUGUUUUCUGGAGCCACAAUGGCGUCCAGCAGAGGAGCUCUGGUCACUGUCGGACAGCUGGCGUGUUAUGACCAGGCCAAGCAGCUGGUUUUGGGCACAGGCCUCAUGGGAGAUAAUAUACUUACACACUUCCUGUCCAGCUUCAUCGCUGGUGGAUGUGCAACGUUCCUCUGUCAGCCGCUGGACGUGUUAAAGACCAGAUUAAUGAACUCUAAAGGAGAAUACAGAGGAGUGAUGCACUGCCUCAGUGAAACUGCCAAACUGGGACCACUGGCCUUCUACAAGGGUUUAGUUCCAGCCGGGAUCCGUUUGAUUCCUCAUACAAUCCUGACGUUCGUCUUUCUGGAGCAGCUCAAGAAGUAUUUCGGCAUUCGUGUGAUCGUGUGAGCCGAGUCCUGCUCUGAUUUCUGGGUUAUUUCUGGACGAUUUCUCUCUUUUUAUACUGUUAUAGAGCUGCACAUCAACAUGAUGAAACACACACACACACACACACACACUCGCUUUCAUCUGCAGGGUGAGCGUGAGGUUAUUUUAGAUAAUAAAUGUAUGACUCUGAUUGUUUAGAGCAGGGGUCACCAAUCUCGUUCCUGGAGGUCCGCUGUCCCUGCAGGGUUUAGCUCCAACUUGCCUCAACACCUGCCUGGGUGUUUCAAGUAUACCUGGUAAGACCUUGAUUAGCUUGUUCAGGUGUGUUUGAUUAGGGUUGGAGCUAAAAUCUCCAGGACACCGGCCCUCCAGGAACAAGUUUGGUGAUCCCUGGUUUAAAUUGUUAAAUGCUGUUUUAAAUCCUUCUGUUGCAAUAUGAUGAAGGAAUAUUUUAUCAAAUAUGAGCUUUGUCUCGUGGUUUAUUCACCGGAGUGACUUUAAACAUGCUGAGCUACUUUUGUUUUCUAUGGUUUAGUGUUUAUGCAAAAUGUCAUGAUGGUAAUUGUUAGACUUGGAUGGGAAUUUAUUUUGGUGAAUGAUUCCUUUAGGAUGAAACGGUUAAUUUAGUUUUUUUAUUAUUAUUCAACAUGUUUGUUUUGUUUGAAGCUGUUUUAAAGGUACAAAUUCUGUGUGUUCAAAUAUCUGUAUUCAACACUGCAUAGAUCUGUUUAUUUAAGAGUCAGCGUUUGCAGAAAACACCUUUUUAAAACCAAAGUUUUGAUCAUAAAUUGAAUAUAAAAUAAAAAACCAGCAACCAAUUGAGAUGCAGCAGUGUUAGAGAUGUGGACGACCAGUUUUUGGUGCUAUGAUUUCAUUUUUCGUCAUAUUUCUGUUCUGUUAUUUCAGUUUAUUACACUUGAUAUUUCCAAAAAAACAUUGAAACAGAUCUGUGAUGACAGUAAUGUUAGUUCAACUGUAAUUCCAACUAAUGUACUUGCAUAUUUAUGUUUGUUUGUUCAUUUAAAGGUAAUCGGGGCAUUUAGUGAAUAAGUCGCACAAAUUACUUGUAAUAAUUGAGGUUCUUGUUUGGUCCUGAUUAUCUGGAUUUAUCUUAGUGUUUUACUUGAGCUGAUUAUAUGAUAACAUUUGAACCUAAUACUUUUAGAUUGAGUUAGUAAAUUACCAUAUUGGUAUGUGUAUACAAACGUGCAGUUACACUAAGAAUGACCUGAACACUGCAGAAGCCUUAUCUAACGCUGGCCAGCAGAGGGCGCUGUUCUGCAGGCAAUAAUGUUUGCGCUUGCGCGGAGCUGCUUGAGAGAAUUCAGUGAGGAUUUUGAAACGAGUUGGGUACGAACAUUGUCAACAAAUGUAUUAGUAGUUUAUGGUUUAAAAUGGGCCUGUGUGUCACCAGAAAUGAAUGGAAUUUGUCUCAAAGUCGAAAUAUGCAUACAGAAAUGAGAAUGGUUUAAACUGAAAUGUCUGUUUUUUUGUCGAAUGAAAAUGUAUAAAAUAAAAGUACUAACACAA